AUGGUAAUCGGACCAGCAUGGACUCGUGGGGAGAUGGAAAAGCCAGCUGGAACGAAGAACAUGGGGACCUGGACUGCGGCAGUGUAUACUCCAGAGCAACAAGCUCGCUUAGGUGUUAACGAGUUUGGCCAGACGCCGGCGGCGCCAGCCAAGGCAGCGGCACCCUGUGCUGCCACCUUCGGUGGCGCAAUGCCGGGAAAGGUUGGAGCCAUCGGCCCCGCCUGGACCCGGGGUGAGAUGGAGAAGCCAGCAGGAACCAAGGACAUGGGCUCCUGGACAGCUGCUGUCUAUACUGCCGAGCAGCAAGCUCGCUUAGGCCACACCAAGCACCAGCUUUUUGGAUUGGCAACUGCACGUUCUAGGUUUGCAUGA